AAGUAGUCCACUCGGGGAUGGUGUUAGAUUACUGACAGAGAAGGACUCGGUACAUGGAAUUCGACCCAAAAUUGUUAAUGAACUGAUGAGAGAAUCUUGAUAGGAUGUAGUACCUUUGCCAGUACGAGCCUCCACCCAGUCAGUCACACAGGCUGCUCUUGCUGAGGUGUCCAAUGCGUUCCUCCGUUCUGGUUGACAGGAUGCCGAGCGUGUCCAACAAGGGAUAUGUCUCCAUGUACGCCUCUGCCUACCGUCCCUCCUCCUCCUCUUCCUCCUCCAACUACACCAGGACACCAAGCACCACCCGCAAAUACAGCACAUCAUCAUUCAACCUUGACUCCUCAUCGUCAUCCAACUACAGGAGACGUCUUCCAGCCGGUCCAGGACCACUUGAUUCCUCCGGAAGAAAAUUGUCGGAAUUUAGUGUACGAACUCGAACCCCUUCCAGCACACGGAAUGGUCCACUCAAAGCUGAUUAUUCACCCAGCACUACUUGGGAUAACGACUACUCGUAUGGUACGCUGUCGAACCGGAGGACUGGGUAUUCCAACCAUGAGUUCGGGACAACGAGUCGAUUGUCUGGAAGGAGGUCUGCCAGCUUGGCCAAUCUGAAUGAUAUAGAAAACUUGCAUAUUGGUGAGACAAGUAAAUAUAAUGCUCGUAAUGAAAGGGACUAUACGUCAAGCACUUACGGCACAACUCCCAGACGUAGCAGCUAUUAUCGUGAUGAGGACUUCACUUCCGGGGCGGAGUCGGACAUCAUCAAGAGCAAGUCGGACUUCACUUUCUGUUGAUCGGGAGAAUUUGAAUUCAUCUGGAUAUGUGCCACGGACUUUGUCGAGGAAUGUGUCACAUGAUACAAGCCCUGUACGGGAACGUGCAUCAACUCCAACAAGAAGAUACAGCACUGAUGCUCGUGAUAGUCCUUCCGCCACCAAAUCUGUCUCAAGGCAAAGUUCAAAUAGCUCUCUGUCUGGAGCCUUGUCUAAAAACGCUAAUGGUGGGAAAGUUGGUCUUCGUAAUCUUGGCAAUACGUGUUUUAUGAACUCAGUGAUCCAGUGUCUGAGCAACACACGGCCGCUCCUUGAGUACUGUCUGAAGGACGACUACCUGAUGGAAAUCAACACCACCACCUCCAGUAUGAAGGGCGCCAUCAUGAAAGCCUAUGUGAACAUUAUGCAGUCCAUGUGGAAGGACAGGUCGGACACUUACAUCAGCCCAAACGCCUUCAAGACCCAGAUACAGAAGUUUGCACCUCGAUUUAUGGGUUAUGCACAACAAGAUUCACAAGAGUUUCUGCGUUACCUCCUGGAGGGGCUGCAUGAGGAUGUCAACAAGGUGACUGCCAAACCCAAGCCUAUUGUGUUGGAGGACAACAAACUGGAGAGAAAGAGUGACAGUGAGAAGUCUCACGAGUAUUGGCGAGCCUACCUCAACUAUGAUAACAGUAAGAUAGUCGACAUCUUCGUUGGCCAGUUAAAGAGUGAGCUCAAAUUCUCUCAGUGUGGGCACCGCUCUGUAACAUUUGACCCCUUCUGGGACCUGUCGCUGCCAAUUCCUAAGAAUCGAAGCGAGGUGAGCCUGGAUGACUGUAUCCGACUCUUCAUGAAGGAAGAGGACCUGCAGGAUGAACCGAUGUGUGCCAAGUGUAAAGAACGACGACCCUGCACCAAGAGCUUCUCAAUACAGAAAUUCCCAAAGAUUCUUGUUCUUCACUUAAAACGGUUCAGCCAGGAGAAGUUCGGGAGGAAGCUGACGACAAGCGUGGAGUACCCCACUGCUAGGCUGGAGCUGAAGGACUACGCUGCAGAGAGAGGGGGAUCCAAUAUGGUGUACAACUUGUACGCCGUCAGCAACCACUCAGGGGGAGUGCACUCCGGCCACUACACGGCAAUAUGUCGACAUCCGUACUCAGGGGAGUGGCACCUCUACAGCGACACAAGGGUCGCUCCAGCGAGGUCCAAUCAAGCUGUGUCAUCUGAAGGCUACCUUCUCUUCUAUGAACAAGCAGACCACUAGUCACAUGAUGUGAAUAAAGCUCACCGAUUGGUUCCCACCUAGGUCACAUGGCUAGUUUAGGCCAUGUGACAAGAAACCUGUCUUGAACCACAGUUUGUUUGUCAGUGAAAUGGCUCCAUUCUAUAAAUUCUAUAAAUUAUUGCAUUUUUAUGCAACUAGUUGUCAAGGUUCUGUGAUACUGAUAUGUUUACAAAGUGCUCUGGCUUACUUUACUUGUGUUGUAGUGGCUGGUCACUCGGUUCUUAGUCAUUGUGUAAUGUCCGCUUGUCCGAUAUUUAUUGAAUGUUAUGCCUAUUUUUUAUGUGUGAGGAAAACAUAGUGAAAUGACAAUUCAUUUUGUUAGAAUAAAUGAUGAAAAAAUUACCGAGCCAAAGUUUAUUUAUGAUUAUGAACUUACAUGAACUUUCACAUAUCUUCCAUUGGUUACAACCAAAUUGUAAUGCAUAACUAAUAUGCGUAAUAGUUGUUUGAUAGAAUUGAUUUAACCUGUGUUUGUUUGCAUUAUAAAAGUGUCAUUGACAUAUAUAUUCACAUAUUAACAGUUUUGAAUAUUGCAGGAGGGAAUUGUUUGAAAUAUCAGAGCUUCACAUUUUACUUGAAUACAUGUGACCAAGUUUACAAUGAGAUAGAUGAUCAUAUCACUGUUUGUCAUAUCAGUAUGUAUGUAAUCUGCCUUGUUUGGUGGUCAAAUCUGUUUUCUAAUCUGAAAGAGGUUAAGCCCAUGUUCCAUGGACCUGUUUGACAGUUUAUUCCAUCAAUUCAUGUGGUAUAAAUUGUUUUCACACCAGGUCCAUGGUUGUAUUUGAUGGUCAGUGUCCACCUUGACCAAAGAAGACUGCUAAUCCAAACAAUCCAGAUACUUUCACAAAUUGAUAAAGAAUUAAUGAAGUGGUUUUUUAGAAAGAUUGAUUCUUUUGAAAAUUGUAUCAUCUUGAGCGAACAUGAAUUAACCAUGGAUUAAUCUUGAGUGAGCUACAGGGCUGUGUGUGAAGUUAGA